AUGGGCAGCACCAGGAGCCCUCUGCUUUGCUUCCCCGACUCCAACUCCUCCUGCAGGAGGCUGCUGCGGCCCCGCUCUGAGUCUGCUCUGCUCUACACCCUGCUGGCCUUCGUCUCUCUGCUCACCGUGACACUCAACCUGCUCGUCAUCAUCUCCAUCUCCCACUUCCGGCAGCUCCACACCCCGACCAACAGCCUGCUGCUGUCUCUGGCUGCGUCCGACCUGGUGGUGGGGCUGCUGGUGAUGCCCAUCGAAGGCCUGCGCCACAUUGAGACGUGCUGGCUGCUGGGCAGGUUCAUGUGUGCUCUGACUCCUUAUGUCUCUUACUCUCUGCUCUCUGCCUCUGUGGGCAACAUGGUGCUCAUAUCCAUUGACCGUUAUCUGUCCAUCUGUGAGCCGCUGCUCUACUCCUCUAAGGUCACCCUGAGCAGAGCUAAAAUAUCAAUCUGUUUAUGUUGGGCCUGUUCUAUUCUCUACAACGGGUGUAUUCUAAUGGGACACUUAAGGUGGCCAGACAGGUUCAGCUCCUGCCACGGCGAGUGUGUGGUGGUCAUCAGCCACAUCUCGGGCACACUAGACCUCUUCUUCUCUUUUGUGGGGCCUUGUACUGUCAUGGUUGUUCUCUAUAUGAGGGUGUUUGUGGUUGCCAUUUCUCAGGUGCGUGUCAUUCGGUUGCAGACUAUUGCUGCUGCUGUCAAUGCAGAUUCGACCGCUAAAAGAUCAGAGAGGAAGGCAGCCAGGACUCUCGGGAUAGUGAUAGCUGUGUUUCUAAUGUGCUUCUGUCCGUAUUACUAUCCGUCUCUAGCAGGCGAGAACACCUCCACUAGCUUAUCUUAUUACGCUCUGUUGUCUUGGAUCAUGCUGAUGAACUCCUGUGUGAACCCUCUGAUUUACGCUCUGUUCUACCCCUGGUUUAGAAACGCUAUCAAACUCAUCUUCACCCUCAGAAUACUGCAGCCUUCCUCCAGGGAGGUGACAUUCCUGUAGGGCAGAAAUCGUAACGUUAAUGGUCCUUUUUCAGUGUUUUGGAAACUUUGGAGGCCAGAAUGUUUUGCU